GCGUGCGUGCAGCUCACCAGCACCCUCAGGGCUGUGGAUAUCAAAGCAGCUACAGCAGCAGGCAGGUCAGACAAGAAGACACUCGCAAUUUAAAAGGGUGGUGGAGGAUAUUUCACAAAGUGGACACAGGGUUAAUGAAACCUUAACCAGGCAAAGGUCACGCUGGAUUUCAUUGUAAGCACUUCCAAAAGUCCUGAGCAAGACGGUUCUGAUCUGUUGAGCACAUUGGAUAGAGUGCUGCUUUUUUUCUCACAGAUUCAGAAAGUGAGAGAGAGAGAGAGAUGGAGAUUUGUGAAGCUCGCCUCUCGGUUUUUCUCACCUUAUUCCUAGUCCCAUGUGUUUCUACUGUCACUGCUUCAUACAACCACACAGGACCAGGAUUUCAGAGAGAAGGCUGUCCAGACAACAAGAUUGUGACCAUCGAGUACCCCUGUGCCAAGGCAGGGGGGGAGAAGGGCAUCUGCUUCAGGAAGAAAUGCUGUGAAGGCUACAGGUUUGUGAUGGGCCAAUGCAUUUCAGAAAGUGUGGAUGUGUGUGCAGGCUCGUCCUGUGAGCAGCAGUGCACUGAUAACUUCGGCCAGGUCCUGUGCACCUGCUACCCCGGGUAUCGGUUCGACAGAGAACGUCAUCGCAACCACCAGCACCCCUACUGCCUCGAUGUGGAUGAGUGUGAGGAUUGGAAUGGCACGCAGUGUGAGCAGCUCUGUGAGAACGUGCCUGGCAGUUAUCGGUGCCGCUGCCGCUCCGGGUACAGACUGCAGCCUGACGGAAGAUCCUGCUCCACCAGGAACAGCGGUGCUGCUGUGGAAGGCUCGCCUGGGAAGUCGGAAACCCUGAUGAGCGCCGGGUCCUGUUCCCUCACCUGCCAGGAGUUCACCAGCAUAAAGCAGAGCCUGCUACAGCUCAAACAGAUGCUGUGUCCCAGGAUGGAUAAUAGCAGUGGCAAGCCCAUCUCGGGGGGACACAGCAGGAAGAGUCCCGAGAGCCUACAGGGCCCCCCUGGGCCCCGCGGACCCCCAGGAAGCCCAGGGGAACCAGGAAUGAGAGGGAAGCCUGGAGUGAGGGGGCUGCCCGGCCCUCAGGGGCCACGAGGAAACAUGGGACCCAUGGGACCCACCCCAGACCUGUCUCACAUCAAGAGGGGGCGGAGAGGAGCAAUGGGAUCUUCAGGGGCCCCGGGAGGAAAUGGACAGAAGGGUGAAAGGGGGCUCCCUGGUCCCAGAGGCCUGCCGGGUCCUCCUGGCUCCUUCGACUUCUUGCUACUAAUGAUGGCCGACAUACGCCAUGACAUCAUCGACCUUCAAGAAAAAGCGUUCGGGAGGAGGUGGGGCAUUGCACUGGAGACCAUGCCCCCAGCUGGGAAGGAGGCGGGGUCAAGCGAGUGGGGUUCAGGACAGGACAAACUGCUGUCUGGUUUGAACACAUGACAGGGAGGCUUAGUGCUUUAUUU